AAAAAACAUUAACACUUCAUAAUCGACAUGCGUUCAUACAAAGAAAUAAAGAAGGAGAUCAUACAUCUAUCACAGAACUGCGAGUUUAUCCGUGCAGCUACCACAAAUGAUCUCAUCUAUACCAGCUUCAAAUCACCACCUCAACUCGCUGAAUCAGAACAAGACGUAGGCAUCUUUUGGUCAGUGAACACCAAAAUGAACAAAAUAUGUGGUGUCAACAACAUUCAAAAUGAACUAUUCACGGGUCUUCAUGGCGUGGAGAACCUCAUGGGCUGGCUUGACAAAGCACGAGAACAUCCCACCUGGGAUCGAAAUUCUGAAAAACUCUUGUUGACAACACUGGAAGUCAUACACAAGCAUCUGAUUGAUCACGGAGCUGUGCUUCCUGAACCACUUCUGUGUACUUCAAAGGAGAAAUCCAAUGCCACUUCAACCUCUGUUACCAAAAAUCCCACCAGCUCUACCUCGAGUGUUACAAAAGGUGUCAAAGGUCUACCUUCAAGAUGCCCAAACGCCACACCAGGUGCUCCUUGUACUAUGUGUCGCGUGGAUCAGACUACCAAUAAGAAGCUCUUCCGCUGUCACUGCGGUGAAUCCAUCACAACACCCGGUGGUCGCACACAGAAUGUGCUAGUCCAUUGGUCAUCUGGAUCUUGUAAAAAAAAGGUUGAUGCCAUGCGUCAACAGCCUUCGAUUGGUGCUUUCUUGGGAACAAAGCGACCUGCCCCAGAAAUCAACGAUAUCAGCCCCAAAGAGCAUGAAGCCAAACGUCGAGCAUGGCAGACACCAUGUUGUGGAUUGAACGAUGAGACUUGGUCGCGU